AUGGUUUUGCCAAAGCCCCUGCCGCCGCCGCCACCACCAUCUUCGGCAUCGGAAGCAUCGGAAAAUGAAGACUCGAGUGGUCCACUUGGAGUAUUUGGAUUCCAAGAUGAACAUGUCUCGCCGGAAAAAGUUAGCGGUUGGUUUCAAGUGACACCCAAGUGUUGUCAGCCAUUCAUGGUGUUGCAUGGUGGAGUUUCGGCACUCAUAGCUGAAGAUCUGGGGAGCAGAGGAGCCUACUUGGCCUCCGGGAGGCGGAGAGCCGCCGGAAUACAACUCAGCAUUAGCCGUCUCAAGAAUGCCCAAGUUGGUGGUAUUGGGCUCGCCGAGGCUACUCGGCUCGCUGAGCCUACUCCGGUGAAUGCAGGCAAAACUACUGUUCAGGUUUGGAAAGUGCAGUUUUGGAAGAUUGAUUCCUCAAACUCUCAGAACAGAUCACCUAUAGCAUCAUCAAGAGUUACACUUCCAUGCAGCAUGUCAUAA